AUGUCGAGCGUGACGUACGACGAGCUUUGGAGAGUGGCCCAAACGUCGCUCACAGAGGCGAUCCAAGCGGAUACGGUGCUUCAGGGUGCGAAACCUCAAAAGGACCGUAAAAAGGCACACGAUGUCGUUUCAGCGUUAUACGUGAAAUAUAUCCUCGCGUGUAACAAACUCGAGCAGUGCUAUGAUCAAGUGAUACAGCCCCAGAAGCGUUUGCUGAUCAAGAAAUCAUUGGAUGCGACUCUGGGUAGAGUGUUGGAGUUGAAGCACGAAUUGGUCAAUAUCGAUUUUUCGGAGCACAGCUAUUACGAUGACGUAUUGAUUGAGUGUAGGGUGACGCCGCAGGAGGCCGAAAUUCGGGUACCGAGUUACUACAGACGCGAUCGAAUCGUUGAAAUCGAAGGGAGACGCAGAUUCAUCGAAGAUAUCCUCCGAAAUCUGGGUGCGCUUCAUGAGAUUGUUGUGCCCAGAAAAAUUACCGAGUCCCAGGCUAUACGACUUAUUCAGGCUCAUGAACGAGCGAGACAAGGUAGACUGCGGUAUCAAUUUAUGAAAGAAGUUCGCGAAAUGAAGGAAAGAUCGACUACAAAGCUAGAAGAGGAAGAAAAAGAUGAAACGAGCGAGAGACUUGCGGCAUUAAAAAUUCAAAAAGUAUGGAAAGGAUAUAUCACUAGAUGUUACAUUCGCAAGAGACGUCUUGAGGAAAUGUUACUUAUAGGGAUGCUGCAGCCUAGUCAAGUAAUCACAGAGAUCGCCAAGCAAGCGGAAAAACUGAAACAGCAGAGAUACGAAAAGCAGAUGAAUUUUCAACAGCAAUACGAGGCUUUAAUUUUAGAAGCCACGGAGAGAAUUCGCAAGGAGAAAAGCGCUAUUAUGGAAGAAAAGAUACGGAGUGAAGUUCGAAAUUGGAUUGACACUUAUUUUCAACAAACUGGAAAGAUACCUGAUUUACCAUCCGCUGAAAGCGGAGGUUCGCGAAUGAUUUUCAGCAGACAAGGAACUGAGAGUACUGUGAGUAAGUCCACGGCAGUAUCGUCGAAGGAAUCAAAGAAAUCGAAACGCUCAAAAUCGAAGAAAGAUAGCGAAACGGAGCAGUCAGAAGACGAGACAGAUCUAGGAUUCAAAUCUGUCCCCUCUAACUUUCUGCCGGAAUUGAUUCAUGCGAAUCAAGAGUAUCAAGAUGUAUGGAAAGACAAAGACGAAUCCGCAAACCCGAUGCAGUUGCCUUAUCGUAAUAUGAUAGAAGCGGAGAAAACAAGAGAAAUCGAGGACGAAGUCAGACUAGUAGUGGAUCAAACGAUGAGAGGUGAUAUAGAGGCGCUUCAACUUGCGUUAGAUAGAGACAAAGGUCUCAAAGGAAAACGCGCGAAAAAACCUCAGAAGCGAAUUCGCAGGAGUGGAAAAAAAAAUAAGAGGAAAAAAGAGAAAGAUCUGACACCCGACAGAACGACCGAGUCCCUUUUCGAGGAACUUCUCAUACAAGGAAUUAUUAAGCUUCACCGUGAGGUUUCGCUAAAUGAGUUUAAGGGUGAAAAGUCUUUUGCGAACCACGAUCUUCGUAUGAAGGAGAAAGAUCCUCUUCCGACACUCGGAGACAUUAGGCAAUUGAUCGCCGAAUACUGUAUACUUCCGCUGGGCAAUCAAAUCUUGAGAGAACUCACACCUCUCGUGAGGUCAGUUUUGAUAGCCGGUCCGCACGGCAGUGGCAAAAAACUCUUGGUGGACGCGAUCUGCACGGAACUUGGAGCUACACUCUUCGAUAUUACACCGGCGAAUAUCGCUGGCAAAUAUCCUGGCAAGUCGGGUUUGAUUAUGCUCGUUCAUCUGAUUUCGAAGGUAUCGCGAUUACUACAGCCAUCAGUGAUCUUCAUGGACAACGCGGAAAAGCCGUUUAUAAAAAAAGUAGCAAAAACUGAUAAAACCGAUCCGAAACGUUUGAGAAAAGAUUUACCAAAAUUAGUGAAGAACAUCACGAGUGAAGACAGAGUUUUGUUUAUUGGAACAUCUAAUAAGCCUUGGGACGGUGAUCCAAAACUCUUAUAUCAAACUUAUGAUAAAGUUAUUUAUAUUCCUAGACCAGAUUAUGGCACUGUGUCUUUUAUAUGGAAAGAUUUAUUAUAUAAAUAUUCGGGUAUUAGCCGACAAUUUGAUACGUCAGCUAUGGCCAAAGCGUGCGACGGUUUCACGAUAGGAACUAUUUUAGCAACAAUCAAUGAGGUAAUGACUACGAAGCGAAUGGUACAAUUACGAACUCAUCCUUUGACUCAUGUGGAAUUGGUGAAUUCAUUAAGUUUCAAGGAUCCAGUGUAUCGCGAAGAAGAAGAUGCGUUUUUAGUCUGGUUUUCGAAAACGCCUACAUGUCGACGAAAGCAAAAAGCUUUGGAAUUAGAAAUAGAAAAAUUAAAUGAAGCAAACGAGUCCCAGAAAAAGAAAAAAGGAGGAAAAUAG